CUGUUAUAAAAUUGGCCGUUAUAUUUGGGGGGUUUUUGUUGACGACUCGAGGGUUUAACCUUAAACCUCUUUGCUUCGCCUGCCUCCCUCCCUCCCUCCCUUCACGGCCUCUCUGUCUUCCCCCUUUAAUCUUCAUGGCUCCUCUCUCUUCUGCACACCACACAGAGCUACCUGUUUCAUCAGCCGAGGAAUAGCCCCCUCAGGGACGCCAUAUUUACAGGUACCCCACCAAAAACAGAGCAAGACGGCUCCCCGUAUCGGUCGCGGCAGCAUCGGCGGCGGUAAGCUGGGGAGAAUUGCAGGGAUGAUGAUGGCAACGGGGGUCGCCUCCACCAACCACCCCUGCCCUUCUUCUGUGGCCUAUUCAUCUCCGCGCGUCUUCCGUGCUUCCACCAGACCCCUCCACAGAUCUGAUGGCCCAAGGUAUUACAAUCAAUCUCCACAGUGGAAGCAUGUAUCUCAUGCCAGGUCAAAGGCGCCUUCUACUUUAUCAACCCAGAGCCCUUGCUUCCCAAAUCAGAUUAUUUUUGACAGAAAAGUGGAUUCUGGGGAAUAUGUUCACUCUCAAAGUAGGAGGGAAGGAAAACAAUUUACUAGACAUGUUAGCGGAAUGCUGCUCCAAGACAGGUUUAUUCCUUCUCAGAAACCAAAAAAUUCUGUACCUGAAAUAAUGCCUCUGAAGAAUGAUAGGCGCAGCAAUAAACUUGCAUGGCUUGAAGAAACUGUAAAAAUUAGGAAAAAUACAAUGGAAAUUUGUGAUAGGAAGAACAGCAUCUUCAAUCAAAAGAAUCAAUCUGGAGAUGUUGCUGUAAAAGAUUUUAAUGAACCAGGAUACAGAGUGAACAAAAUUACCAAUGUGGAUUGUGUGAAGAAUCCCAUUCUUGAUCAUCCCAGGCAGACAAGUCUCUCCUUAAUGCACAAUUUAGGCAACAGUGUACAGUCUAACAGGUUGUCAUUUCCAAAGCCUUUGGAGGAAAGACGAGAGAUAAUGUUUGACCCUAGAACAGAUGAUGUAAAGGAGUUAGUUGAGAGAAGAUCUACUACUACUAAUGGUGUGAAUGUUGAAAAACCAGAAAUUGACAUUAGUAAGCUCAUUACUGAUGCUGAUAAAAAGACACAAGAUGUUGUUCAGAAAGAUCUUCAUGAUAGGCUUUGUCGCAUCUACGAUGAAGUUCUUGUAGUUGAUAAUGUCUCUGAUGCACAGAAAGUUGUCAGGAUGCUCAGGAAUCAGUACAGGCAUCUUGUACAUGCAUGCGACACAGAGGUGGCCAAGAUUGAUGUGAAAUGUGAAACUCCUGUUGAUCAUGGAGAGAUAAUAUGCUUCAGUAUUUAUUCUGGACCAGAAGCAGAUUUUGGAAAUGGGAAGUCUUGUAUUUGGGUAGAUGUUCUUGAUGGUGAUGGUAAGAAUAUUUUGCAGGAAUUUGCUCCUUUUUUUGAGGACCAAUCCAUCAAGAAGGUUUGGCACAACUAUAGCUUUGAUAAGCAUAUUAUAGAGAACUCUGGGCUUAAAGUCUCUGGUUUUCAUGCUGACACGAUGCAUAUGGCACGGUUAUGGGAUUCUUCAAGACGACGUGAAGGUGGGUAUUCUCUUGAAGCACUCACUAGUGAUCCAUCAGUGAUGUCAGGGACUCAAAUUUGCCCGCAAAAAGAUUUGAUUGGUAAAAUAUCAAUGAAAAGCAUCUUCGGACGUAAAAAGGUGAAGAAGGAUGGAUCUGAAGGCAAAAUGACCACAAUUGCUCCUGUUGAAAAGCUUCAGAGAGAAGAGCGGAAAUUAUGGAUUUGUUAUUCUGCCUUAGAUUCAAUAAGCACGCUGAAUCUUUAUGAAAGCUUGAGAAAAAAACUAUUUGCAACAGCUUGGUUUCUUGAUGGCAUGAAAAGAGGAACCAUGCUUGAUUUCUACAAGGAAUAUUUGAGGCCAUUUGGGGAUAUUCUGGUUAAAAUGGAAACAGAGGGGAUGCUGGUUGAUCGUGCAUACCUGGCCGAGAUUGAGAAAGUGGCUCAUGCAGAGCAACAGGUUGCUGCUAAUAGAUUCCGCAGUUGGGCAUCUAGGCAUUGCCCUGACGCAAGAUAUAUGAAUGUGGGAAGUGACGCACAGUUGCGCCAGCUCUUUUUUGGUGGCACUAUUAACAGAAAGGACCCUAAUCAGAGUAUUCCAGUGGAGAGGUCUUUCAAAGUUCCCAAUGUUGAUAAAGUGAUUGAAGAAGGCAAGAAGCUUCCCACAAAAUUUCGCAAUAUUACUUUGCGUACCAUUGUUAACGAUAUGCAAUGUGAGAUGUACACUGCAUCUGGCUGGCCUUCAGUUAGUGGAGAUGUGCUGAAGACCCUUGCUGGAAGGGUUGCUGCAGAUUUUGAUUUUACAGACGAAGUUCAUGAUCUGCAGUCAGAAGAGAAUGUUGGAAAUUCGUUUGAGACUUCGGAUGGUGAUGUUUCAUGGGACAAUGGAUUUAAGAACAAUCAGAACAUAGACAUAUCUGCUUAUGGAACAGCUUAUGCUGCUUUUGGAGGGGGGCAGGAAGGAAGGGAGGCUUGCCAUGCCAUUGCUGCUUUAUGUCAAAUGUGCUCUAUUGACUCUUUGAUAUCCAACUUCAUUCUUCCAUUGCAGGGUAGUGAUGUAUCAGGCAAGAAUGGGCGUAUUCAUUGUUCACUGAAUAUCAACACAGAAACUGGGCGAUUAUCAGCUAGGAGGCCAAAUUUGCAGAAUCAGCCUGCUUUAGAGAAGGAUCGAUAUAAGAUCCGCCAAGCUUUUAUUGCUGCACCUGGGAAUUCCCUGAUUGUGGCUGAUUAUGGUCAGCUAGAACUUAGGAUUCUUGCACAUCUAGCUGACUGUAGGAGCAUGUUGGAUGCAUUCAAAGCUGGUGGAGAUUUUCAUUCAAGGACUGCAAUGAAUAUGUAUUCACACAUCCGUGAAGCUGUUGAAGAAGAACGAGUUCUUCUUGAGUGGCAUCCCCAACCCGGUGAAGAUAAACCCCCAGUUCCUUUAUUAAAGGAUGCCUUUGGUUCUGAAAGAAGGAAAGCUAAAAUGCUUAACUUUUCCAUUGCUUAUGGAAAAACUCCAGCUGGGCUUGCCCGGGAUUGGAAGGUUUCUUUCAAGGAAGCAAAGGAAACAGUUGAUCUCUGGUACAGAGAGCGACAAGAAGUGCUGCAUUGGCAAGAAGAACGCAAACAAGAAGCUAUUAAAACUCUACGUGUUCACACAUUACUUGGUCGGUGUCGCAGGUUCCCAUCCACUGUUAAUGUGACUUCCGCUCAAAAGGCUCACAUUGAACGUGCUGCUAUAAAUACUCCAGUGCAGGGUAGUGCUGCUGAUGUCGCUAUGUGUGCCAUGUUGCAAAUAUCAAGGAAUGCACAUCUAAAGGAGCUUGGAUGGAGGAUGAUUUUACAGAGAACAGGUGCAUGAUGAAGUUAUUUUGGAAGGGCCAACCGAGUCAGCUGAGGUUGCAAAGGCUAUAGUUGUUGACUGCAUGUCCAAACCCUUUUAUGGCAAGAAUAUUCUAAGGGUCGGCCUUUCCGUUGACGCAAGGUGUGCCCAAAACUGGUAUUCUGCGAAGUAGAUAGUGGGUUUCGUCAUGGCAAGAGAGCUUGAAUUUUGGCAGCAGAUAACAGUGGGUUUUGGCAUGGUAAGAGAGCUUGAAUUUUGGUAGCAGACAAGCCUUCUUGCUGAGGUUCCCUUGCACCUCGAGGACAGAAUUCUUUGCCAAGUGCGGUCAUAAUGCCAAUGCAGCGACUGCAUUCGACUUUUCACUUCUGGGACGGUUUUUGCUGCAGGAGUCUGUUUACUUCCCGCUGGUUUUCUGCUUGUGUUCAUGUAACGGUUGUGGCUGGGUUAGGUUGUUUCACUGGCAGCAGUUCUGUAAUUCUGUGUGACAAAAAAGGGGCACUUGGGGAGGACAGUGCUGUGUAUAGAAAGGUUCUUGCUUUUUUGGGAGCUAUUAUUCUUUCUAUUUUCUUGUGACGGUUUGUAAAUCUCUAACUAUUAUUUCUAUCAAGAGUGUUCUAACUCCACUUCAUCUUUACAAGAAA